UCUGGUGGAGGUGGGGAAUGGGGUAUCACCUUUCAGGUUCACUGGACUUGGGCUGAGCCAGGAAGGCACAUUCUUUUGGUGGUAAACUAGAGGUACUGGACAUCAGUUGACUUUCCUGAUAAGAGGUGAUACGGAAUCUGGGGAAAGGAAUCUGGUGCCCCAGUAAGGGACCAACUGAACAGGCCAACACUCCCUCCCAGAGUCGCCUUCAAGCCUGACAGCUGGAGCUCAGGUACCUGCCCUGGAUGAUGUACCUGCCCUCGUUGGGGCUUGUGGGGAGACUAGAGGCUGCUGAUGACAGCAAUUUGGGGCCCUUACAAUUUGCCAGAUCACACCACACAGCCCUCCCAGCCCUCACCCCCGCCUUCCCCAUCCCAUUUGGGGCGGAAGGAAGUGGCAGAUUCUCUUUAAUUUCCUCCUGGCAGUGAGAAGCAAACAAACGGCUACCACAUCUCCUGGGGCCUCCCCCGCUUACUGGGAGGGGCCUUCUGACCAAAGGUCCCUGCCCUGCCUCCGCUUCCUCAGAGGUAAACAUGCUGCUUCUCCUCCCUUUUCCAGGCUGUUUGUGGGGCAGGGGGGGACUCCCCUGUGGGCCAAGGCCGUGUUUCCCACAUCUCCCCUGGGUCAGACUCUCUGCUGUAUGGCCACCUGGCACAGAGUCAGACACUUGUGCCAGCCAGCAGCCCCUGGUCCUGCUGGCCUCUGAGUCAAGGGUUUGGCUGGUGAGGCCUCUGUCUCAAUCCCGGCACUGCCCCUCCCCGCCACCCACACUUGCUCUUCUGUGUGCAGAUAAGCAUACCGCACUACCAGCUGCCUCCCAGGGCCCAUUGCUGUUUGACCUUGGGCAAUUGCUAGUCAUCUCUGGCCCAAGGGCCCUCCUCUGAGAGUAGGAUCAGUUGUCCUCUGCCUGUGUGAGGCUGGCUGAGGAUAACAAGCUGGCCCUGUGAUAGGGCGCUACAUGGCUAAUCGGGUCACUCCAUGCCAGCCUGCCAUAACUAACUCUGCAGACCAGAGUCCCCAGAGAAGGAGUCCCACCCAGCAGAAAGACUGAAGCUUGGUCCAGUCUCAGCACCCUAGCUUUAGGCACAAUUGAUUUCUGAUUUUUUUUUACUAAAAACUGUCUCUAUCAAAAUGCCCUCUUUGCCUUUCCUUAUUCUCCAACUGGAACUGUCAGACAGAGAGGCCCCAGUGGAUCCCCCAGGCACUGAGUCCUAAGAUCCACCUCCCUGGUGGACCUGGGGUGUGAUCUUAGGCCACUUCUCCCACCAGUGUGGUUUCCCUGGAGAAGCAUUUCCUAUGGCAGGGUCAGGUUGAUUUCUGGGCUCCGGGGAAGCAGAGGCAGGGAUAGAGUUCUUCUGUAAUAUUUAUUGAGACUGGAGUGUAGGGGCUCUGAGGGCCCUGGGAAGAGAGCCCUUCACAGGGUAGGCGGUGGGGCGGGGCUUGUGUGUAUUCCAUGACUGAGGAUAUCUGGCAAAGAUUCUGGUUGAAUAUAUUGGUCCUCAAAUGAUUUCACUUUAGCACAUCUCCAUGGUGCCUCUGUGGUCUUGAAGUAACCUGCCAUGGCCUGGGGCCCACUGGGAGGGCCGAGUCAGGCCUGAGAGCUCUGCCCACUGUUCUCACCAUGUCUAUGUCAAACUAGACCUUUUAGACUCCCAAACCCCUCCCUGGGCUAGUAGCCGCAACACUUAUCCAUCUAUUCCAGCCAGCUUGAUUGAGGAUUUCCCCUUAGCUCAUCACAUUUGGGGACAAAUGGUUCUGAUAUGAGCAUGAGAGGAAAGGAUGAGUAUGGCUGGAGAGGGUGGCAGGUCUUCCAAAGCCACAGCAAGAAGACUGCACUGUGUGCAAAGAAUCUCUUGUGGCCACAGUCCCACACAUUUAGGUCCUUCCAGGUGUUACUUCUGCUCAGAACUCUUCCCUGGCUCUCUGAGACUGCCCUCUGGACCAAGUCCCAACUUCUCAGCCUGGCAUUUGAGGACAAAGUGCUGACCCUGUCUUCUCAGCUCAGCACCCUGUGCUGACUUCAGCAACUAAGUUUCUGAGAUUGUAAUUGGCUGGUCUUAUUCUCUCCACCCAGAUUUGGAGCUGCUCAAGGGCAAUUCUCAUGUCCUGUGGCUGCUUUGCACAGGGGUAGGGAGGGAGCAGGCACAGAAGAUGAAUCAAACAAGAGUUUUCAUUCUUGGGGAGAUGUGGCAUGGAGAGGAAGAAUUUUUCUAAAUUUCGACUUUCCUCCAAGGCUCCUAUGUCCCCUGAUGUGGAACAAGAGGCUGGGCUGGGCUGGUCUAAGCUAUACCAUCCCAUGCCUCAGAGGCAUGAGCAGAGCUUUUGACAAUUGGAGCUUAGGGCCAGGCCUGUGGCAGCUGAUGAAAAGGGUGGCUUCCUCUAAUUCUCAGUCCUGGCUGGCAUUCACACAGGAAGGGGAGAGCAUGUACAGAGACCCACACAGUCCUUGUCUACCCUGGGGUUCUAUCUACUGCACUGGUCCUGUGGGCCUCCUGGUUCCACAGGGCUCUCAAAGGGCUCAAGGCAGGUCCAGAUAACCUCCUGCAGAAGCUUUGGAACUGGCCUGAGGAAGAGCUUAUAGGGGAAGGUGCUGGCACUAGCUGGGGAAAAGAGGUAGAAAGAGUAUGUAUGUUGGUGUGGUAGGUGGACAGGCUCCUUCGGCUUCUUCAUAGCCUGCAGAGCUCCUGGCCAUUGCUGCCUUUCUUACAAAGAUGGUGACUUUUUCCUGCAGUUGGUGCCCACACCUGCCCCAGCCCUCAUCAUUCCAUGCUAGAUUCUCAGUUUAUCCCAGACCAGAAACCCACCUCACAACAACAUGACCUCUUCUAAGUGUUCUCCAGGUGCUCAGUGGCUGGGAACACAGAUGUAUCACUGAACAUUUGAUCAGUGGGUGAGUUUUUCAAGCCAUCUAUAGCUUCUCUGUGGUCCUUUCCCAGCAGGGGGCUGACACCCAGGGACUCCCUCCUGCCUCCCCUCUAGCCUGAUGGACUGAGUCCCUGACUCAGGGGAAGUCAUAUCUGGAGGGAAGAGGGACUGGCCAUUUUCUCAAUCCAGAUGACAACCUGGUGGGGAGGGAAACACACUCUGAAGUUGCUUUAAUUUUUAUUGAGAGGGGGAGGUGAGCUGGCCAAGCAUCUGGGAACUUAUACUAUAUCAGGAUUGUGUUACAUGUGGUAUUUACUAGUGGACAGGCCAGAGGUGAUGUGGCAUUUGGGCUUUAAAUUCCACACUUGGGCCCUAAAGGUUGUAGAUCCUCUGAAGGCAGGACAGUUUAUUGGAAAGGAUGUUCUACCCACCUAAUGCCAUUUGCUCCUUCUCCUUGACCAUUUGUCUUCUCCUUCUAACUUCACCCACCUUCCCCUACCCUAGUCGAAUCCAGUGAUCCAUCCAGAAUUCUGACCAUGUAAAUCCCCUGCUCUAAACCCUUCCAGGACUCCCUACCACCCUCAGGAUAAAGUCCAGACACCUUGCAGUGGCCUGCAGCACUCUGCCCACUCAUCAAACUUCACCUUUGGCUUCUGCUCACUGCAGGUACUUUCUGAUUUCCAACUUUUUGGAAAUCUGUUCUCUGCCUGGAACAAACCUUCCUUACCUCUUACCCAUUUCUCUAAUUCCUACUCACCUCUGUUGAGGCCUUGCAGCCAGAGGGGUUAUGAACUUUCUCUGAACUCCUGACACAACCCUAAUCUCAGUAGGGUUAUAAUAAUAGGUACAGUAAUUAUAGACUUGCUGAUCUCCUCUCCCCCAGUCCUGAAGGGAGACUAAUUUAUCUCUGAAUUCCUAGGUCCAGCACAGGUACAGCUACAGAGCAGUGAGCAGGAAUGACCAAACACUGAGCAAGAUGAACAUCUCACAUGCUGUGGACAUUCCCUGUUCUGACCUGAGGCCUAAUUGGCCUUCUUUAGGGCUCCCUGGUAGAACAGGUUAUCAGUCCAGAUCUUGAGCCAGAUGAUUGUGCAUCCAUUUACAUCUUUAAUGUAGAUCCACCUCCAUCUACUUUAAACUCACCACUUUGCUUACCACAUCAUGGAUUACCGUCUCACUCUUCUGUUUUGUCACCAUCGUUUCAGCUCCAAGGUCACAAAAACUAUGAAGGCACUUGUGAGAUUCCUGAAUCUAAGUAUAGCCCAUUAGGUGGUCCCAAACCCUUUGAGUGCCCAAGUAUUCAAAUUACAUCUAUCUCUCCUAACUGUCAUCAAGAAAUAGAUGCACAUGAAGAUGACCCACACAUAAAUGAUCCAGAAAGGGAAUAUUUGGAAAGGCCUUCUAGAGAUCAUCUCUAUCUUCCUCUUGAGCCAUCCUACCGGGAGUCUUCCCUUAGUCCUAGUCCUGCCAGCAGCAUCUCUUCUAGGAGCUGGUUCUCAGAUGCAUCUUCUUGUGAAUCUCUUUCACACAUUUAUGAUGAUGUGGACUCGGAGUUGAAUGAAGCUGCGGCCCGGUUUACCCUUGGAUCCCCUCUGACUUCUCCUGGUGGCUCUCCAGGAGGCUGCCCUGGAGAAGAAUCCUGGCAUCAACAGUAUGGACUUGGACACUCCUUGUCACCUAGGCAAUCUCCUUGCCAUUCUCCUAGAUCCAGUGUCACUGAUGAGAAUUGGUUGAGCCCCAGACCAGCUUCAGGACCCUCAUCAAGGCCCACUUCUCCCUGUGGGAAGCGGCGGCACUCCAGUGCUGAAGUGUGUUAUGCUGGGUCCCUUUCACCCCAUCACUCACCCGUUCCUUCUCCUGGUCACUCCCCCAGGGGAAGUGUGACAGAAGAUACCUGGCUCAAUACUUCUGUCCAUAGUGGAUCAGGCCUUGGCCCUGUGCUUUUUCCGUUUCAGUACUGUGUAGAGACUGAUAUCCCUCUGAAAACAAGGAAGACUUCUGAAGAUCAAGCUGCCAUACUACCAGGAAAAUUAGAGCUCUGUUCAGAUGACCAAGGGAGUUUAUCACCAUCCCGGGAAACUUCAUUAGAUGAUGCCCUUGGAUCUCAGUAUCCUUUAAAGAAAGAUUCAUCUGGUGACCAAUUUCUUUCAGUUCCUUCACCCUUUACCUGGAGCAAACCAAAGCCUGGCCACACCCCUAUAUUUCGCACAUCUUCAUUACCUCCACUAGACUGGCCUUUACCAACUCAUUUUGGACAGUGUGAACUGAAAAUAGAAGUGCAACCUAAAACUCAUCAUCGAGCCCAUUAUGAAACUGAAGGUAGCCGAGGGGCAGUAAAAGCAUCUACUGGGGGACAUCCUAUUGUGAAGCUCCUGGGCUACAGUGAAAAGCCGAUAAAUCUACAGAUGUUUAUUGGAACAGCAGAUGAUCGGUAUUUACGACCUCAUGCAUUUUACCAGGUGCAUCGAAUCACUGGGAAGACAGUUGCUACUGCAAGCCAAGAGAUAAUAAUUGCCAGCACAAAAGUUCUGGAAAUUCCACUUCUUCCUGAAAACAAUAUGUCAGCCAGUAUUGACUGUGCAGGUAUUUUGAAACUCCGCAAUUCAGAUAUAGAACUUCGAAAAGGAGAAACUGAUAUCGGCAGAAAGAAUACUAGAGUACGACUUGUAUUUCGUGUACACAUCCCACAGCCCAAUGGAAAAGUCCUUUCUCUACAGAUAGCUUCUAUACCUGUGGAGUGCUCCCAGCGAUCUGCUCAAGAACUUCCUCAUAUUGAGAAGUACAGUAUCAACAGCUGUUCUGUAAAUGGAGGUCAUGAAAUGAUUGUGACUGGAUCUAAUUUUCUUCCAGAAUCCAAAAUCAUUUUCCUUGAAAAAGGACAAGAUGGACGACCUCAGUGGGAGGUAGAAGGGAAAAUAAUCAGGGAAAAAUGUCAAGGGGCUCACAUUGUCCUUGAAGUUCCUCCAUAUCAUAACCCAGCAGUUACAGCUGCAGUGCAGGUGCACUUUUAUCUUUGCAAUGGCAAGAGGAAAAAAAGCCAGUCUCAACGUUUUACUUACACACCAGUUUUGAUGAAACAAGAACGCAGAGAAGAGAUUGAUUUGACCUCAGUUCCAUCUUUGCCUAUGCCUCAUCCUGCCCAAACCCAGAGGCCUGCCUCUGAUCCGGGGCACCCACAUGACAGUGUACUGUCAACACACAGAAGUUUGGUGUGUCCCAUCCAGCAAGCAUAUGCAUCCAUGGUAACCUCAUCCCAUCUGCCACAGUUGCAGUGUAGGGAUGAGAGUGCUGGUAAAGGACAACAUAUGAUACCUUCUCCAGUUGUACACCAGCCUUUUCAAGUCACACCAACACCUCCUGUGGGGUCUUCCUAUCAGCCUAUGCAAACUAAUGUUGUGUACAAUGGACCAACUUGUCUUCCUAUUAAUGCUGCCUCUAAUGAAGAUUUUGAUCCAAUUUUGUUUCAGCAGGAUGUAGCUCUUCCUAGUUUAGUAAAUCUUGGCUGUCAACCUCUGUCAUCCAUACCAUUUCAUUCUUCAAAUUCAGGCGCAACAGGACAUCUCUUAGCACAUACACCUCAUUCUGUGCAUGCCCCGCCUCAUCUGCAGUCAAUGGGAUACCAUUGUUCAAAUACAGGACAAAGAUCUCUUUCUUCUCCAGUGGCUGACCAGGUUACAGGUCAGCCUUCUUCUCAGUUACAGCCUAUUACAUACGGUCCUUCACAUCCAGGGUCAGCUACAACAGCUUCCUCAGCAACCUCUCAUCCUCUGGCUAGUUCACCACUCUCUGGGCCACCAUCUCCUCAACUGCAGCCUAUGCCUUACCAAUCUCCUAGCUCAGGAACUGCCUCAUCACCAUCUCCAGACACAAGAAUGCAUUCUGGAGAGCACUCAACUCAAGCACAGAAUACAGGCCAGAGAGGUCUUUCUGCAUCUUCAUCCUUAAUAUGUCAAAGCUUGUGUGAUCCAGCUUUAUUUCCACCUGAUGGGGCAACUGUGAGCAUUAAACCUGAACCUGAAGAUCAGGAGCCUCACUUUGCAACCAUUGGUCUACAGGACAUCACAUUAGAUGAUGUGAAUGAGAUAAUUGGGAGAGAUAUGUCCCAGAUUUCUGUUUCCCAAGGAACAGGGGUGAGCAGACAGGCUCCCCUCCCGGAUCCCGAAUCCCUGGAUUUAGGAAGAUCCGUCGGGCUCUAACAGUGCUCACUACAACCUUGUUUCUACCACCAACUUCUCAGUGUGUUUCUCUCCCUGGACCUUGAGUUUCCAGCUCUGCAGCCUUCAGGACUGGCAUCAGAAGUUGGACUUGCCAUUGUGGGGAAAGGAGCAUUCCUCCACCUCAGGCCUUGGGUAGAUUUUGUAAAAGAACAGGAACAGCAUAGGCUGUUUGAGCUUGGGAAAAUGAGCUUUGCUUUUUAUAUUUAAAUAGGAUACUUUUAUAUGAUGGGUGCUUUGAGAGUGAAUGCAGCAGGCUGUCCAUUUCAGAGGUGCUGCUUUUGCAGGUGACCUGGUUACUUAGCUAGGAUUGGUGAUUUAUACUGCUUUGUGGUCAUUUGAAGGGCCCUUUAGUUUUGAUGAUAUUUUAAAAAUAGGAACUUUUGAUAAAACCUUCCAGAGGCAAACAAAAACAAAAAAAAAGAGAAAAAA